AUGCCCCUGGGACUGCGGGGUAAGAAAAAGGCCGCGUCCAAGGAGACCGCCUGUUUGGUGGAGUGCAGGAAGGCGGGCGGCGAUGGCGGCGGCGGCGCUGGCUGCAACAGCCCCGGGUUCCCCCAGCCCCCCUCACGGCGGCUGGCUUUCCACACGCAGCUGGCGCACGGCAGCGCCACGGGCAGAGUGGAGAAUUUCUCCAGCAACCGGGAGCUUUAUGAGAAGAUCGCGGGCGUGUUUGAGAUCGCGCCAUCCGAGAUCUUAUAUUGCACUUUAAACACACCUAAAGUUGACAUGGAAAAACUCUUAGGAUCACAAAUAGGUCUUGAAGAUUUCAUAUUUGCCCAUGUGAAAGGGGUCGAAAAAGAAGUGGAGGUGCAUAAAUCUGAGGAGUCACUUGGUAUCACCAUUACAGAUAAUGGUGUUGACUGUGCUUUUAUAAAGAGAAUUAAAGAUGGCAGUGUAAUUGACUCAGUUAAAACAAUAUGUGUCGGGGAUCAUAUUGCAUGCAUAAAUGGAGAAAAUACUGCUGGGUGGCGUCACUAUGAUGUGGCUAAGAAGUUAAAAUCACUAAAAAAAGAGGAAGUCUUCACCAUGAAGUUAAUAGAACCUAGGAAGGCAUUUGAAAUAGAACCAAGAUCAAAUGCUGGCAAGUCUUUACCAAGAAAGUUGGGUACUGGAAGGGAAACACUUCGCCUGAGGUCAAAAGGUCCUGCCACUGUGGAAGAAAUGCCCUCUGAAGCCACAACAAAGGCGAUUGAAAAGGUGGAUGAUCUCCUUGAAUUGUACAUGGGAAUUCGAGAUACUGAGUUAGCAACCUCAAUAUUUGAAGCUGGAAAAGACAAAAGAAACACAGAUGGAUUUGCGGUGGCUCUCAAUGAAAUGCUUGGAGAAACAGCUUUCCCAGAGGAAUUUGUCUUUGAGAUUUGGGGAGCUAUCAGUGAUGCCAAACAGGGACGAUUAUGAUGUGGAUGAACCCCUCGCUGGAAAAACGAACCAUUGUUUCUUAAAAACAAGACAAAGUGCUAAAAUCUGCUUGCAAGCACCAUUGCGGACUCUCGUUUGGUUUUAUGUUUGGAAUAUAUUUGAGAUAUAAUUUCUAGAUACCUUUUAAUACAACUGAUAUGUACUGUGCUUAAGAUAAAUCACAUAAAAUAUGGUCUAUUUUAAUACUCAUUCAAAGUCUUUGUUAAAGUAAGUUUCAUGGGAAUCUGGGAAUCUUCCUAGACUGAUGAUUUUACUCC